AUGAACCUUUGCAUUUCUCCGGAUAGUAUCUUCAAGCUUGACUGGCAGACUGUGCAGAUAGGUCUCCCGUUUACCUCUAUAGUAGGAAACGCGAGAGACGGAAAUGCUAGCACCAUUAUAUCUUUGACGGACAAAAGCAUGUUGGCAGUUCAAGAUCUAGAAACGGGAAAUAUCCUUUAUAGAUAUAAAUCGGAGACAUCCUUUGUGAAUACAUCGCAAUUGCUUGGUCUUGAAAACGACGAAUUUGCCGUUGCGUUUAACUAUGAGGAUGGAUCAAGUAGGAUCGCAUUUUGGACUUUCAAUGCUACAGGGUUGAUUAAAGCUGAGAAAUUAUUUAAAAAACAUGUCAUUGGUUUGGCAACUACGACCAAAAACACUGUACUUGUUGUUGACGAUGCUGGAGCGCUAUAUGAGUUGGAUGAUCACUCACAACAUCAGCCAAAACUUCUUUAUCAAGGAGUUCCCGAAAAGGACAAUUUUGUCAGGGCAAUGCUUACAGAGACAAACUAUCACCAUCAUUGGAUCGUUUUCCUCGAGGGAAACCAUGGCCAAGUGCUAUUCUAUACCAUAGAUCGUGAUGGCGAUGUCAGCGAAGCACAACGCUUUAGAGGUUGUGGUUUGGAAUCGCUUUCCUUUGUGAAAAGCAUUUCUACUUACCCUGUAUGUCUAGGGUCAAAAGCCUAUGAGUACAGCGAAGAGUCUCGUGAUUUACAUGCUUCUUUUGAGGGUCUUGGCCGUGAUCUCUUGGAUCUUUCUGGGGCUGAAAGAGGUCUCCAAAUGAUCAACGAUCACUACUAUGUGUCUAUUACUCGUGGAAAUGCAACUUUAUUUGAUAUAGAUGCUUCUAUUUUCAACCCGUUGGUUACUUUCUCUCUUCCUGAGCACAUCAAGCACGUCGAAUUCUUCGUCACUCAUGCAGGACGAACUCUCAAUGCCUAUAUCACCGGCGACGACUAUACUAUUAGUCUUGUAUCAAACGGUAGGAUAGUAUGGCAAAAAGAUGAGUCUUUAGCAUACAUAACUGAUGCUGUGCUUCUAGAUCAGUCGCAGACGUCUUCUCUAAUAUCAACAUCUGACGAAAUCAAAAAUGAACGCUCCUUCAAUUUGAUAGCUGCUUACAUUAGUCGUCUCAAGUAUAACGUACACAAGCUCUUUGGAAACACUUCCGAAACUGUUGAUUUCAACCUUCAUUUUGGGCUUCUUAAAACACUUGUUGUGAUGACAGAAAAUGGCAAGAUAGCUUCCUUCAAUACAUUCGGCGAGCACACCAAUCUCUCGAAUCAAUUGAUUGACAUCUUCGAUACUGGCUCCAGCAAUCUUACGCAUUUAGUCAACGUAAAUGAACAUCUUCUGGCUGUGGAUGACGGGCUUAAUUUAUAUGAAGUUGAUUUCAAUCAAAAGACCAUUUCUUCAGCAGAUCCCUGUUUUGUCGAUAGCCACUUUAUGAUAUUAAAACCUGCCGAUAGCGAACCAAAAUUGAUCCAGACCUCAAGUAGAGACUUCUAUACCACAGCCAAAUCCAAAAACGGCCAUGCAUUAUAUGGAUUUCACGUGACCAAUGAAACACAUAAGACAUGGCGACACAUUCUUGAUGAUGACGAGACCAUUCUUGCCAUUCAAGCCAGAAGUUACGAUAACAACUUGGUGGCCAGUAAUGGGAUCACCAUCGCAGAUAGAAAAGUCCUAUACAAGUAUUUGAUUACGAACUUGGCAGUUGUCACUAUACAUAGUGAAAAGAGUCAGCAAGUGACAGUUCAGCUACUUAAUGUGGUCACGGGCCAAGUCUAUGAUUCAUUCACUAAGCAUACGGACAACGCAGCGGCGGUUCAUGUACUCUUUGAAGAGAACUUCAUCAUUGUUUCAACUCAAGAAAAGGGCAGUAUCGACACCGUACUUACGUCAAUUGAUUUAUUUGAAUCACUCACUCCAGACUUGAAGAAAACAGGACACCUGGCAACCUACUCCUCACUCGGUAACUCUACCAUUAUCCCUGAGCAUGCCACUAGAUCAUUCAUUCUUCCCGGAAUCAGUAUCAAACAGAUUUCUCUCACUUACACGAGACACAAUAUUGCUCUCAAACAUCUUCUCUUUACUACGUCAACGGGCAGCUUGAUGGCGGUACCAAAAAUGUUAGUCAACGGCCGAAGACCUUUAAUAGAGAUCUCUAAGAGUAUGCUGCAAGAACCUCUGCUACUCAACUACGAACCUUAUAUCGUCCCUUCAGAUAAUUUGAUACUGAGCCACUAUCGUCAGCUAAUGACAGAUAAUGGAGAUCGGUUCCGAAAGCUAAUGUCAGUUUCAACAGAACUUGAGUCUACAUCAAUCGUCGUCUCCGUCGAUACAGACUUAUUUGUCACGAUAGUGAAACCCUCAGCAUCAUUCGAUACACUAACGGGAGACUUUAAUAAGAAGAUCCUACUGGUGACCAUUGCUGCGUUGAUUGCGGCCAUUUAUUAUACAAUACCAUUAGCAUCCUCGAAGAAGUUGAAGGAUCUUUGGAAAAACACUUAA